CCCUGUGUUUUAAGUUUCAAGCGCCGUCACCACUUAGAAGAGCAAAGAAGAAAAGAGGGGUGAGGGUGAAAAUUCGCUUGACGUUUAAAAGGGUAAAAAAUGACGGCAACUGUGUUACAGUUACCACCUGGCUUUCGGUUCCAUCCAACCGAUGAGGAGCUGGUGAUGCACUAUCUCUGCCGUAGGUGUGCGUCACAGCCGAUCGGCGUCCCUAUCAUCGCCGAAAUCGACCUUUACAAAUACAAUCCAUGGGAACUUCCUGAUUUGGCCUUGCACGGAGAGAAGGAGUGGUAUUUCUUUUCUCCGAGGGAGAGGAAAUAUCCAAACGGUUCAAGGCCGAACCGGGCAGCUGGGUCUGGGUACUGGAAAGCAACCGGAGCUGAUAAGCCGAUUGGGCAACCGAAACCGGCCGGGAUUAAGAAGGCUUUGGUAUUUUACUCUGGGAAAGCACCUAAAGGCGAGAAAACUAAUUGGAUUAUGCACGAGUACCGGUUAGCUGACGUGGACCGGUCUGCUCGCAAGAAGAACAGCUUAAGGUUGGACGAUUGGGUUCUGUGCCGCAUUUACAAUAAGAAAGGCGCCAUCCAGAAACAACCACCGCAAGGAAGCGUUGCGAAAAAAGCUAGCGUAACGGAGAUUGAGGACAAGAAGCCAGAUAUUGAGGCACUUGGCAUGGGCUCUUGUGGUCUUACUCCGGCCUUGACGGGAACGGUUAACGAUUACGUGUACUUCGACACCUCAGAGUCUGUUCCCAGACUACACACAGACUCUAGCUGUUCGGAGCACGUGGUGUCGCCCGAGUUCACGAGCGAGGUUCAAAGCGAGCCCAAAUUGAAGGACUGGGAAAGUACCAAAAACAAUGCCCUUGACUUCUCUUAUAAUUACAUGGAUGCCACUAUGGAUGCCGGAUUUGCUACCUAUUUCCAUAGUAAUAAUCAGUUGUCGCCGCUCCAGGAUAUGUUCAUGUACCUGCAGAAGCCGUUUUAGAGAAGGAAGGAAAAAAAAAAAAGAGCGGGUUGAAAAUUGAACGGUGACGGUGAACUGCUAUUUAGCGGAUCGCUGGGUAACACGAGACUGAAAGUCCAUGAGUGUACCCGUGCGCGUGCGCGAAGAUAAUAACAAAUUAAAAGAUUGAAAUUGGUUGAUAGGAUGCGAUUGCGGUAGGGAGGCCGUUGGGAUUAUUACGAUGGUUAUGGAUUGUGAUCGGACGGUGGAAUUUGGAUUUUAUGCAAUGUAGAAAGUAGAGUUUAGCAUAGGCAUGUGUACAGAUAAUCUGUUAUCACGUUGUUUAGUGGUGUGUGUAGAUGAUAAAAGAAAAAACAUAAAAUGUUUUUUAGGAGGGUCCUUUUACUUAAGGGCUUUUCCACAAAAUUAUUGUAUUUUGUAGUAGAAAAAAAGAUUUAUUUUUCAUUCAAAGGCUUAUUAGUUUGUUAAUUGCCAAUUGAACCAUCCAAAGCCAAUUUGGCAUCCUACUUUUCAAUACAUGCUUUUGUUAUUUUAA